AUGGCAGGCACCGAUGAUAGCACCACGAACGGAAUCAUCAAUGAUGUCGACCUCUUCAAAAUCUCCCUUUACAAGGCAUUCUUUACACAAGAACAGUCCAAGUGGGAACAUGCUUUAAAGAUUGGGGGUGCAGCGUUAGUGGCGACACUUAUGGCACCUUAUAUUGUUACAGUAAUUGUUGGUACCAUGGGUUUUGGGGCAAGUGGAAUUACAGCGGGAUCUUUUGCGGCUUGGACUAUGUCACUUUAUAAUGGUGCAGUCACAACUGGGAGCGUGUGUGCGAUAUUACAAAGCAUAGGGGCUGCAGGUCUUGGUACCGUGAGCAUUAUUACAUCUGGUAUAACUGGAGCUGCUGUAGGUGGUGUUUCGAUGGGUCUUGAAAAAUUCUAUGAAAAAAGCAAACUAUCCAAAUCUGAAGAAAGUUCAUUAGAAGAGUUUCUCAAAAUCAGUCAAUCAAGAAAUACAAUUACAUUUGAUUUCAAUACUCUUAUUCGGCAAAAUGAGGAAUAUGUAGAUAAGUUUUUGGAUGUCUUAAUUGUUGUUGCACCAUUCACGAACUCAAAGAUAUUUAAGGUUAAUAAUUGUGACAAUAGUUGCCUUCAUGUCUUAGAAAGGUUGAGCAAAACUUAUGAAGAUUCAAGGGUGGAUUAUAUUUCUAAUUUGAGAAGUAUUCAAUUAAAUAUUUCAACUUUCAAACAUCCUGCUGAUCUCCAAAAAAUCAUCAAAGCGUAUGAGAAUUUGAACAUAAAAAGCAUCUUUUUCUCAAAACUCUGA